GACAUUUCUUUUUUAAGGUUAAGUUCUGACAAAAAUCUAGUUUAUUUGUUGGGAAUAAUAUUUUCAACUCGGUUGAUGUGUUUUUAAAUAUGUAUUAAAUAUUUUUUAUCAUACAGUUGAUAAUAUAUUGACAUCAAAAUGGCCUUUGUUUCAUCACGGCUUAAUCUCAUGCGUAAAGUGGCGCAGAGCGCGUCAUAUACUACCCUAUUGAAAAGGCCGAUGGCUUAUAAAAGUUCUAUUUCCUUGGAAACAUUAUAUCCCAAUAGUUCGUUGAAACUCACUACACCAGCCUUUAAAGGAGAUCCCAACGAAAAGUUUUCAGGAUACAUACCACUGGACAAGUUGGACAUAUCCUACAGCGCCAGCUCCGGUCCUGGGGGACAGAAUGUCAACAAAGUCCACACCAAAGUGGAUCUUAGGUUUAAGGUGAGCGAGGCAGACUGGCUGCAUCCUGAAGUUAAGGAGAAGAUGAUGGAACUGUAUGGCAACAAGCUUUCAAAAGAAGGUUACCUGAUCAUCCGGUCGGAUACAACAAGGUCCCAACAGCUAAAUCUGGCUGACUGCAUGCAGAAGUUGCGGGCGUUGAUCAGGGACGCAGCAGUCACAAAGAGACAACCUUCACCAGAAACCGAAGAGAGAAUUAGACAAAGACAUCUGAAGGCAGCGCGUCUUCGCGUGGCAGUCAAACGUGAGGAGUCUCUGAAGCGUGCUCAGAGGCAGCCGCCUACCGUCGUGGACUUAUGAUUUUUCCAUUAAAUUGGGCAUCAUUGCGUGUUUCAGUUGCUUACGCACUGAAUCCAAGCAGAGUCGUUUAGCUGUUCUAAUAGUUAUUUAAAUAAAAUAUAUAUUCUAGUUAU